GAGGCCUCGCCAGGAGUAAAAAUGGCGGAGUCGGUGCUAGAAGUUGUCGGAAAGCUGCAGUCUCGGCUCUCGGGCAGUUCGGAACCGAAAAAGUUGAUGAAGAGUUUGAAGAGGCUUUCUGAAUUGCCAAUCACAAUUGACAUUCUUCUGGAGACUGGAGUAGGAAAGACUGUGAACGGUUUACGAAAACAUGAACAGGUUGGGGACUUUGCCAAGAACUUGGUAGCGAGGUGGAAGAAGCUUGUGCCAGUUCCGCAGGAAACAGAACGGCAUAAUCUUGAACCUAUAGAACAGGGCUAUGACCGAAGCAUCUCUCGGAAACGACAGCGAGACCUGUCUCCCAAAGAGGAUGAAGAGGUCUACUCAGGGGCAUAUCAGCCUUCUUGCAGCCAGUCGUAUGAGUCAGAUUAUGGAACCAAAAAGACCAAGAGGUAUUCAGACCCUGAGAAAUCCCAUCAUGCUGUAAGCUAUGGUAUUCCAGAGGACAGGACAUGGGGGAGAGAGUCCUCUGACCAGGAGUGUUCUGACUAUGGGCAUGCAGUCUCACCUGAGCUCAGCGAAAGUCCUCAGGAACUAUAUAUGGAGCUUUAUCGUGCUGAAGAGCAAGAGAGGGAGCAGAAAUCCUUUUCCCGAAAGGUGAAUAAAAGCCACCAGUUUCAGGACAGACAAGAAGGAACUCAUAAUAGGAACUUCAGUGACUCUCAAGAUAAAGCCAGUUCAAGUCGGAGCAAAGAGCCUAAAUCUUCUCACAAAGAGAGGCAGCGACCAGAUGCCAAGGGAGAGGAGAAGGCAUCUGCAUUUAGCUCAGAGAGACUGCCCAAAGGUUCUUCACUCCAUGAAGCUUCCUUGUCAGGCGGCAGCAAGGAGAAGCUAAAGGCCCUGGACAGCAUCAAACGAGACAAGAAAAAAGAUGGCAGCGGCAUCAAGAAGGAGAAGCCCCACAUUGACUUGGAGGACACCUUGGAUGACCAUAGGAAGAAACCAAAAGCACAUGACUUGGAGAGAGCCAAACCAGAAAAGAUGAAACUUAGCUUGGAGGCUUUGUAUGGAGAUCGGGAGAAACAGAAACCUGAGGGUGAUUUGUCCAAUAAGAACAGGGAGAAGAAGAGUUCCAGCAGCUUAAAAACUCCUGAGGGAAAAUCCAAAGUCUCUGAGCCAAACAAAAGAACAGUAGGCUUUUCCCCUUCCAGUCUUGGAGAGGGAGAAGUGGAAGAUGAGUACGAACAGCCUACCAUGUCCUUUGAGUCCUACCUGAGUUAUGACCAGCCUCAGAAGAAGAAAAAAAAGCUGGCCAAGCCUACAGCACCAGUCCCAGAGAAAGACAAAGGGCAUAGCAAGCAGAAUGGUUCCAAAUCCAGUGCCAAGAGCUCAGACUCCAGCCGGAAAACUCACAAGCAGGCGAGUGAGAAGAAGCAGUCGGCAUCUAAAGCAAAAAAAAUGCUCAUUGAUGUGGUGCCGAUGCUCCCUGAUAUCCCCUUGCCCCCAAUCCAGGCAAAUUACCGCCCUCUUCCUUCGCUUGAAUCGAUCUCACUCACCCAACCAAAGAGGAAAGCACUCUCCUCCCCAACUGAAGAAGAUGAGGCUGGUUUCACGGGACGUCGGCUGAAUUCCAAGAUGCAGGUGUACUCGGGUGCCAAAACCGCUUACCUUCCAAAGAUGAUGACUCUUCACGAGCAGUGCAUCCGGGUCCUCAGCAAUAAUAUUGACUCAAUCUACGAAGUGGGUGGUGUCCCAUAUUCCGUGCUCGAGCCUGUCUUGGAACGCUGUACUCCAGAGCAGUUGUACCGCAUUGAGGAGUGCAAUCACGUUUUAAUUGAAGACACAGAUCAGUUGUGGCACAAUCAUUGCCAGCGUGAUUUCAAGAAAGAGAAGCCAGAUGAGUUUGAGUCCUGGAGGGAAAUGUACUUACGUCUGCAUGACGCUCGAGAGCAGCGACUUCUCAUGCUAACACAAAACAUCCGUUCAGCUCACGCCAAUAAACCCAAAGGCAGAGUAGCUAAGAUGGCUUUUGUCAACUCAACAGUCAAGCCACCCCGGGAAGUGCGGAGAAGACAAGAAAAAUUUGGGACUGGAGGAGCAGCAGUCCCAGAGAAGAUCAAAAUAAAACCAGUGUUCUUCACAACAGCUAAAAGUAGCGUUCACACAGAAGAGGAACAGUCCUAUGACAGGCCCAGUACUAGCAGCGGCCACUCAGGUCCAUCCUUGGGCAGCGCUUCAUCAGUUACCUACGACCCGAGGAAGCCCCCUGUGAAGAAAAUUGCACCUAUGAUGGCAAAGACUAUUAAAGCUUUUAAAAACAGAUUUUCUCGAAGAUAAAGGAACCCAGGCUUCACUGAAUGCGAAGGAAAAAUCUUGUCUUUGAUGGAAGCAGUGCUUACAGGAAAAUGGGGAGGAGUUGGGGAGUCCUUGAGUUUCCCAAAGCCCUGUUUAAGACCAACAGCACAGUAUUGUUCAAAACCACCUUCCAGUUCCUCCCUUUGUUCCCAUAACCUGGUUUUAUCUGCCAAAUAUUUUGCAGAUGUGAAGUCUUGGCACCUGGCUGAGACAUGAAGGUCCACAAACUAUAGCUCUUUCUUCAGUCUCUUUCUUCUGGACUCCAGAAUGGAAAGAGUACCGCCUUCCACCAUCUGCAGUGUUUUUCGGUCCCCCCUCGGCCACUGUGUAAGACUCCAGAUCUCCUCUCCUAGUGUCCACUUUGGAAGAUCAUCUUUUUUUGCAGAUACUGUCAAUGAAGAAAGCCCUUUAUGAUUGGCGACCGCUGCUGAAGGACCUGUUGGGAAUUCUAGAAUCUUGGUCAAUCCUCUGGCAAGUGAUCCCCAGCCAUCACUUUCUUCUCCCUUCUGUUGUUCAGUCCCAGCUCUUAAGCGUUCAUCUCAUGCCUAAAACCUUUAUGCCAGGUACAUGUUGAUUUCCCAUUCUGUAUGGGGACAUCUGGAGGUGCCAGUCUCUUUCGUCAUUCUGUUCAUUUGGCAAAGAAAAAAAAAUAAAGUAAGAAAUGGUUACCCUUUAUUUUAAACUCAUAGGAAAAAAGCAGCACAACAUUGGACCGAGGGACAACUCAGGAAGUGAAGAAAAGUCACUUUGCACAAAUCUGAAUAUUAAGCAUUCAUCUGAGUUUUUUAUUUUAAAAAUGAAUAGUGAUGGUAGAAGAUAUGGAGGAUAGGUUCCCCCCUCCCCUCCCUGUUUUGAAUUGAAAACAAGGACUUACCUUAGAUUUUCCUCUUCAGUCCCUCCAGUUUAGUCAGAAAAUAUUUUCUGGCUUUUGACAACAGAACAGGCACUUUAAUUCACUGUUAUCCUUUAAAGAGCUCCAUUGACAAAACCCCUCUCAUCCAGGAGUUUUGGAUGCCCCAGAACGCAGAACAUGGGCCAAGCCAAGGGUGCGGGUUUUGGUCUGGAGCUGCAGCAUCUGCUGUGGAAUAAUCUACAAGAACAUUUCACACACAGAAAAAGCCAGGGAAAAGGAGUUUUGAGAGUGGUCCGUCUGUCUUGAUCCUCAGACUUUGAGGGAACUCUCUAUUGGCUACUGCUAUUUUAGUGCUGGAGGGAACACUGAGCUGAUAAUACUAUUUAUGCUGAUGUUGAUAAGUGUGUGUUGUGGGGGGGGGGAGACAGACCUGGUUUCGGAAGGCUUGAUGGUGUGUUUUCUUAGUGCCAUGGUUGAAUGAAUGUUGACAUAGGCAGGUUUAUGAAGGAACCUGGCCUUUUCCUGAUAUCAUGGAUGGGGGAAAAAGAGGUUCUCCCAAUGGCCUUCUGGUGCCACCCUUCUGAACUCUGGCCUUUGGGUUUUCUGCUGACCCCCAAUUAGUCACGGUAGUAGCAGUCACAAAGGCCCUACUAACUUUUAAAAAUGGUAAUUCUUCUAUAAAUGUAGAGCUGGAGGGGACUAUGAAGUGUGUGCCAUGCGGGAUAAGAAAACCCUCUUGAUGUUCUCUGUCCAGUCUAACAAACAAUGUCUCUUGAAGUUCCAACUUUUUUUUAAUAUAUAAGUGCAUAUAAAAUUUUAAUUAUAUGAUGGUGUUUGAAAAAGGCGCUGUCUCCCUCAUGCAGUUUUGGAGCUGAUUUAAAAUCCCCAGAAACUUUGUGUAGCUUUUUAAGUUAAUGAUGUGAUGUUGAAUUAAAAAAAAAAAUCAUGCUCCUUUUGCUUUGCUGUACUUAAUUUUGUGGUAUUUGACUUAGUUACUUAUAUAUUCUUCUGUCAGUUGUCGUACGUGGUGUAUUUUCUCCUUUUCAUAAUUGGAUUUGGUGGCAGGAGUAGACCAAAGGAAAGAAUUCUCAACCACAGAAAGGAAAAGGAGAUUUACAGGAGUCUCUGUUGGUCCAACUGUUAGCUUGGAAAUACUGGUGGAUUUUCCCCCCAGCCCCUUUUCCCAUUCAAGGAAGUAUCUGGAGAACUUGAAAUAAUUACCUGGCUGGAGCCUCUUUCUUGGCACUGUGAUAUUCUUGUUUUGCAGCAGGUUUACUGCAGGACACCAUUCCCAGUCUGAUACAGCACUUCCCAGUUGUGUUGGACUUCAACUCCCAUUAACCCCUGCUGGCUACAAGUUAUGGGGUUUCCAGUCCAAUACACCUGGAGGAUAGAUGCUAGGGAAGGUUGGGUAAUGCUAUCAGGACACUUUGUUGUAGCACAAACCUGUCACCAGGUGGAGUGACAGCAGUAGUGGAUGGUAGCCGCAAGAGUGACUUUU